AUGAAUGAUCAUGUAAUAUCAUCGACAGUUUUAUCUGUCGAUCAUAAUUUCACUUUAACAUUAUUCAAUAAUCCAACAAUUUACUCGAUAGAACCAAUAAAUAAUUGUAGUGUUGCAUUACAAUAUAAAUUUGUUGAACACAUUUUUUAUCUUUAUUUUAUGUCACCAUUAUGUCUUAUUGGUCUUAUAUUAAAUGUAAUUAAUUUAAUUAUUUUUUCUGAUCGUUCAUUUAAAAAUUUAACAUUUAAAUAUUUACGUCUUGUUGCAUUUGUUGAUUGUAUAACAUGUACACUUGUAUUUAUUUAUUGUAUUACAAAUUAUACUCGACCACGUACAUUAAAUGAUAAAUAUUUUCGUAUAUGGUAUUUAGUUAAUGUCUAUUUUCCAUUAGCUAAUAUAACAGCUGGAUGUAAUGUUUUAUUAACAAUAACUGUAACAAUUGAAAGACUUGUUAGUGUACGUUGGCCAAUGUCAAAACAACAUUUAUUUAGUUCAAAUCGUGUUUUAUUAACAUUAAUAAUAUGUUUUUUAUUUCCAAUUGUUGCUAAUUCAGUUAAUUUUCUUGUAUAUAAAGUUGGUGAAUGUAAUAAUCUUGAUGUAACAAUUAUAGCAACAACAAAAGCAUAUAAAUAUUUUGGUAUAUGUAAAGAAAUAUUAUUACGUUUUAUUCCAAUAUGUAUACUUAUAUGUUCAAAUUGUCUUUUAUUAUCAACUGUACAUGCAGCUAAUAGAAAAUUUAAACCAAAAAAAAAUUCUAAACAAUUAUCAACUGAAACAUCAAAACCAAUAUCAUUACAACCAUUAUCAAAUGGUUGUGAUUCACAAGUAAUAAAUAAAUAUAUAUCAGAAAAUCAAAUACAAACUGAUACACAUUCACCUAUAUUAAUGGAUCCAACAACAAAUGGUGAUAAUAGAAAAUCAUCUGUACCAAUACAAUCAAAAACUAAAAUGCAUAUUAGAAAACAACAACAAGAAAAACAAUUAACUAUAAUGCUUGUUUGGUUAUCAACACUUUAUUUAUGUGGACAAAUUCCAAUGUUAUUUGCUUAUCCAAAUUUUGUUUUUAAAGAUACAAAUAAAACUUCAUAUAAAUAUUAUGCAUUAGUUGUUAAUUUACUUGAAUUAAUAACAUAUUUAGCAAAUUUUUUUAUUUAUAUUAAAUUUACAACACAAUUUCAACAAGUUUUUCGUACAAAAGUAAAACAAUUGUUUUUCUGUUUCUCUAAAAAUUCAUAA